CAACCAUUCAUGGCUCAAGCUGAAUACAGAUUUGGACACGGUGUAAUAACUGGAGGGCUAUUUGGAACAGUUUUCCAAAUUCUUGCAGACCAGUUGCAUUUCAGCUACAAUUUAACAAUUUUGUAUGGAUAUCGAUAUGGGGCAUUUCGAAACGGUAGUUGGGACGGGAUGAUUGGGCUUCUUAGUAGAAACGAAGUCGACAUGACGGUGUCUGAAUUAUCAAUGACAGAAGAUCGUUUGGAUUUAAUUGGCUACAGCAUGGCACUGGAUUCAGUAGGGUAAACUAAUAUCUAAUAAUUUUAUAUGUACGCAUCAAUUGACACUUUUCAGUUAAAAAAGGACUGAGUUCCAUAUCAAUUAACUUCGUUGAUUGAAACUGUAUUUCUUCUCAGCCGAAAAAUAUAUAUUCGAAGAAUGUUGCAAGAGGUACCCUUAGACUGGAACUUUUACAUUGCUCCAUUCUCUGUAAACUUGCAUUUUAUGGUGCUUUUCUGGCUUUGGUCAAUGUCACUCAUCCUUUGGGUUUUGCAACGCUAUCCAACUGGACAAUUUCCCUAUACUUUUAUGCACCGACGCAUUACCAUGAAGGAAUACGUUUGGAUUGCCUUCUCAUGUCUUUGCCAGAAAGGAGCUCAUCUGCUUCCACAUAUCAGAAGCUCCAAAAUUGUCUUCCUAGUGUUUGCUUUCACUUUUCUCAUCGUAUACUGUGCAUAUUCAGCAACUCUCAUUUCUCAACUUUCCAUAGCUCCUCCAGUCACUAUUCCAUUCAAAGGUUUGCAAGAUUUUGUUACAAAAGCCAAAGGUUGGACGGGUGGGCCGAUCAAAGGCGACCUAAUGCAGCUUUACAUGGAGAAGUCCUGUCCAGUUCUACUAAAGAAGGGACCAAAUGCACAGUGUGAAUUGUUGGUUCAAUUAUGGACGAAGGUUGUUGAAGCAGAAAAGAACAGACUUCCGACAAGCUUUAUCGAAGGACUUGACCGUGUUCUUAAGGAAAAAUUUGCAUUCAUCGCAUCAGGUCCCGGUACAAGAAAUAUCAUUACGAAACACUUUCCAAAGAAGGAUGCCUGUAACAUUUUUGAGAUGGAUGGGGACUACAUUUCAUCUAACUUGGCUUUUGGCUUCAGAAGGAAUUUUUCACAUACACGAUCCAUUAAUAAACAAAUUCUGAUUAUUCGAAGUUCCGGUAUAUACAAUAGACUGCAAAGGAUUUGGCUCCCACAAUUUGAGCAAUGUGCAGAGUCAACGACGAGUUACACGGAUGCUGGAAUCAAGAAUGUUGGAGUUGCACCCUUGGUCUGGUUAAUUGGAGGUUUAUUAAGCCUCGUUAUUUUAAUUUUUGAAAUGUUGAAUUCGCUAACCGUUAACCGCUCAACGCUGGAAAUGAACAGUGUGUACAAUAAAAAAUACUGA